GAUGACGAUUGACUAGAAGGAUAUGAUAGCAGGAGCAACAGUUACAUAAUAAUUUAAAAAAGGUUAAGCUAUUGUGAAUGAAGGGGAUAUGGUUAGUUCCUAUUUCAUUAUAAAGUCAGCAGUGGUGAAGAUAAUGAAAGGAGGCAAUGAAUUAAGAUAGAUGUCUGCAGGAGAUUCAUUUGGAGAAUAAGCCCUCUAUUAUAACUCAGUUAGGGGAGCUUCUGUUAUUGCAGUAGAUGAAAAUGUUUGUUGCUUAGCUAUUGGAAGGGAAAAAAUCACUAAAAUCUUAGGGGAUAAAAUACAAGUGAUAAUGUAUAAUAACUUAUUGAGAUGGAGUUUUGAAAAGAAUCAAUUAUUGUGUAAACUAAGUAAAAUUCAAAUCGAAAAAAUUGUGACUAAGAUUUAGAAAGUAAAUUAUGAGGCAAAUUAAAAGAUCUACACAGCAGAUUCAAAAUGUGAUAAAUUGGUUAUAGUCUUAGAAGGAAAGGUAUGCAAUGUAUAUUUUUAAAUAUUGAAAUUAAGAAGGAAAAAGAGAUAGCUACCAAAGGAGAAAUAGUUGGGGAUCAAUUUUUACCAAAGAAGAAUAGAGAUAAGCUAAUCCCUUAUGAUAUAUUUCUAAAAGAUAGAGGCAAGGUUGUACAAAUAUUGUACAUUAUUUAUUUGUUUAAAGUAUUUCAAUAAAAUUUUUAGAUGAUAUUAUUUUUUAUUUCCAAUCAAAAAAUGUUAGACUUUUUAAAUGUAUAAAACCAUUUGAUGUAUUUUUAGAAUGUAUUGGAGGUGAAAUAGAUUAGGUGAUUUAGAAGAAUGAAAAUAAUCAUGAAGUGAAAUAUAUGUAGAAAUAAAUCUCAAAAUAAUAAGUCGAUUAUUUAGUUUUGGAUGACAUGAUUCAUAUAAAAAAGUUAGGACAAGGGUAAUUUGGCUCUGU